AUGAAUCUGCUUUACAACCUCGCAAAUCUAUACCGUUUCAACCUGCCAUGUCAAAAAGGCUCAUCGGUCUUGACUGCCGGUGGCCGAGGUCGGGGUCACAGCGGGGAUGCUCCCCCAAUUUUGUGGGCACGACAUUUGUUUGAUGCCCGUUCCCUGAAUAUGCCAGUCCAGAAGCCCACAUUCCAGCCCCUGCCUCUGCGCCCAGAUGUCCCACGCGGUAAUGCAUGGGGACUCUUUGGCGAGCACGACGAGAUGGGCAUGCUCAACCUGCUCACCCCCGAAAACACCGCCGGCGCCGCGAGGGAGAUUGUCGAGGGGGUGCGCGUGUCAACCGACUAG